CCGCGCAGCUACUGUCAAGGUCGCCUUCGUGACGGGGAGUCUGUCCUAAGUACACCCCUACAGUCUGCACAAUACGUCUAUCGACACCACUCGCGUCUUACAAUACGCGAAAUAAUAUUCUAUUUUCACAUUAUCUGUGUUUCGAUAUUCCAAGUUUAAAUAUUUGAAGAUCUCGUGUUCUGUGCUGUUGAUACUACAGAUAACAAAUAAAAAAACGGACGUUAAGUGAUUGUCGUGUAUGUUUUGACCGCAUGAUAUAAAUAAACUGUGUAGUUCUAGCAUAACAAAUAUGGCAGCCAUUGAAGAGAAGUUGUAUCCUAAUUGUGAUGCGACCGUUUGGCUCCGAUCUUGUGAGGAGGAGGUGUCUGAACCUCUGGAAGGGAUGAUUACAGGUGAGGUACCGAAAUGGCUCCGUGGCACAUUACUACGAAAUGGCCCAGGUUCCCUGAAGGUCGGAGAUAUGCGGUUCGAUCACCUUUUCGACAGUUCCGCACUUCUGCACAGGUUCGCGAUAGACGACGGUCACGUGACAUACCAGUGUCGGUUCCUACGCACGAAUACGUUGAAGAAGAAUAGAGCAGCCAACCGCAUCAUAGUGUCGGAGUUCGGUACCAAGUCCGCGCCUGACCCUUGCCAUUCAAUAUUCGACAGGGUAGCAGCAUUCUUCAAUCCCGCGGAGCACAUGUCAGAUAAUGCGAUGAUAUCAGUGUACCCAUUUGGUGAUGAAGUAUACGCAUUCACCGAAGGACCUAUCAUACACAGGGUAGAUACAGUUACCCUGGACACUCUGGAGCGUAAGAACAUGACGAAAUGUGUGGCACUCGUCAACCACACCUCACAUCCACAUGUCAUGCCUAAUGGGGACGUCUACAACCUUGGUAUGUCUGUCGUGAAAGGCACAAUACGACACGUUGUCGCUAAAUUCCCUUACACGGAGAAAGGCGACAUGUUCAAAAGCGCUCGCAUCGUAGCAUCACUGAAACCUCGGUGGACAUUGAAUCCUUCCUACAUGCAUACAUUCGGUGUAACUGAGAAUUACUUCGUGAUAGUGGAACAACCACUGUCAGUAUCAGUCCCUGGAUUAAUGAGAGGUCUUAUCACCAACGACAAGUUGGUUUCCAGUCUGCAAUGGAAUCCUGGUUAUGAGACCCACAUAGUCCUUCUAAGUAGGUCUACAGGACGAGAAGUUAAGAGGUUCAGAACGGAGUCUUUGUUUUACUUGCACAUUAUCAACACGUUCGAACAGGAAGGCAACCUGGUCGUGGAUAUAUGCGCCUACAAGGACGCUAAAGUCAUAGACGCCAUGUAUGUUAAGGCUAUUGAGUCAAUGCAAAGUAACGCAGACUAUGCGAAUUGGUUCCGAGCGCGACCUAAGAGGAUGGAGGUGUCACUUGAUGCGCCAAAUCUUACUUAUGUAGAACCUAAGACUUUGGCUAACAUCGGCUGUGAGACGCCAAGGAUACACUAUGAUGUUCAUAACGCUAAGCCCUACAGAUACUUUUACGCCAUCAGUUCUGAUGUAGAUGCCGAAAAUCCUGGAAUGGUUAUAAAAGUAGACACGAAGACUGGUGAGACGAGGACGUGGUGUGAACCAAACUGUUACCCGAGCGAACCGAUAUUUGUGCCAGCGCCUAAUGCAAAGGAUGAAGACGACGGAGUCCUCCUAAGUGCGUUAGUAUGGGGCGGUGAGGUAACGCAUACAGUUGCAGUAUUAAUACUAGACGCUAAGACAAUGCAGGAGUUAGCUCGAACCACCUUCAAUACUCCUUCAGAAGCUCCCAAAUGUUUACAUGGAUGGUUCUUACCAACUAACAGUUAAAUAUUCUUAUAAUAAGUUUAGAUUAAGAUUAGCCUAGUUUCACAGUCUCUAUAUUGCCAUUGCUUCAGUACGAAUGAGCCUUCUCAAUUUGAGUGAAAAAUACUUGCAUUGUGCAAAAACCUCGUUGUCACUGGAAUUAAGUCAUAAAGUGGUUCGAUCUGAGAUGAUGUUCAGUUGUCUAUUAUGUUCAUCUUGUCUUCACUCUCCGAAACACGGGAGUUGAACACCACCAGAUUCGAAAAUUUCCGGCUAUUAAUGGUAAUUUCAAUUUAAAAAAUUCAUUAAUAAUUCAUUUUCUUGAUCGGAGAAUCAAGCCUAUUAAAUCAUCAUAAAAUUGUUGGAUGCUAUGGAGUAUCAGUCUGUGAAAUUGGCUCUAGAUGUUGUGAUAUUAUUAAGGUGUACUAUUUGUUGGUGAAGAAGGUGGGGUCAGAGGCCAUAUUGGCAUUUGACGUUACUUAGUCUUGAAAUUUUGCGUAAUUUUAAUUGGACUAGUUUAAUAUGUGAUCUCUGUUGUCCGUCGGUGUAUUAUUACAUGGAUUUUUUUGUAAGAAUUAAUCUAUUUGUCGUUUUCAUAAAAUGGUGAUGAUAGGACUUGAAAAAUAAUCGCGAUGAAUGUUUUUUUUUAAUUUAGUUCUACAUUUUUUUCAAUAGGAAUUACUUUGUUAUUAAUAUUAUUUGGUCUACAUUUUCUAGGUAAAAUUUAAAUACCGACUUAUUUUUUUUAUAAUUUUCGUACAGAAGGACCAAGUUUUGGGAUUUGGUCCUAUAUGAGUAAAAUGUGAUCGUUUAAGAACAUUAAUUACUUAGUAAUAUCUACUUAUUAUCUGAAAUACUAGUCUUACUUUAAUGUACAUAUUUUUAUGUUACAGAAAAGUUGUUUUUACACUCUAAGACUGUUUUCUUAUUUUAUUUAGUGAGUAUUUGUUUAAAGUAAAAAUGCGAAGUGAUGAU